AUGGUAGAGGUGCUGAAAGCUCUAGCUCUUGGACAGUCCUACCCUUGGGACACGAAGGACAGAAUCCAGGCCUGUACGAGGAACCUGGUACAUCAGGACCCCUUCCUAGUAGCCCCUGGACCUCCUUUGCCCCAUGUGGAACAGUAUGAGGUGGUAUGGCCUCGGCGCCUAGCUGCAUCCCGAUCCCGCAGAGCUCUGCCCUCCCACGAGGACCUGUACCCAGAAAGUCUGAGCUAUGCUCUUGGGACCAGAGAGCACAGUUUCACCCUGCACCUUCGGAAGAAUAGGGACCUGCUGAGCAAAGGCUACACAGAGACCUACUCAGCUGCCAAUGGCUCUGAGGUGACGGAGCAGCUGCACGCACAGGACCACUGCCUUUACCAGGGCCAUGUGGAAGAGUACCAGGACUCAGAUGCCAGCCUUAGCACCUGUGCUGGCCUCAGGGGCUUUUUCCGAGUUGGGUCCACUGUCCACUUGAUUGAGCCUCUGGAUGGUGAUGAAGAGGGGCAGCAUGCAGUGUACCAGGCAAAUCAUCUACAACAGAAGGCCGGGACCUGUGGAGUCAGCGAAACCAGUCUGGAUGAGCUGGGGCCUCGGGCCUUAGAAAUCUACAGGUCUCAGCCCCGGAACUGGCUAAUACCCAGAGAAACCCGCUAUGUGGAGUUGUAUGUGGUCACGGACAGCCAAGAGUUCCAGAUGUUGGGGAGCAGAGAAGCUGUGCGCCAGCGAGUGCUGGAGGUUGUAAACCACGUGGACAAGCUUUAUCAGGUACUCAAUGUCCGUGUGGUCCUGGUGGGCCUGGAGAUAUGGAGCAGGGACAAGUUCUACAUCAGCCGCUAUGCCAAUGUUACACUGGAGAACUUCUUGUCUUGGAGGGAACAGAACUUGCGAGGGCACCCACAUGACAACGUGCAACUUAUCACGGGGGUUGAUUUCAUUGGGACCACUGUCGGACUGGCUAAGGUGUCUGCCCUGUGUUCCCGGUACUCAGGAGCUGUGAACCAGGACCACACCACAAACUCCGUUGGUGUAGCAGCUACCAUGGCCCAUGAGCUGGGCCACAAUCUGGGCAUGAGCCAUGAUGAGAACAUUCCAGGCUGCUACUGUCCUGUACCUCUUGACAGUGGUGGCUGCAUCAUGACUGGAAGCUUUGGCUCCAAGUUCCCCAAGAUAUUCAGCAGGUGUAGCCAGGUUGACCUAGAGUCAUUUGUGGCAAAGCCCCAGACAGGCUGCCUGACCAAUGUCCCAGAUGUCAACCGGUUUGUGGGUGGCCCUGUGUGUGGAAACCUAUUUGUGGAGCACGGAGAGGAGUGUGACUGUGGUACACCUCAGGAAUGUAAGAACCCCUGCUGCAAUGCCACCACUUGCCAGCUGGCCAAGGGGGCAGAGUGUGCCUUUGGUGCCUGCUGUCAUGAGUGCAAGGUGAAGCCAGCAGGUGAGCUGUGUCGUCCCAUGAAGGACAACUGUGACCUGGAGGAGUUCUGUGAUGGCCAGAAUCCAGCAUGUCCUGAAGAUGCCUUCCAAGAGAAUGGCACCCCCUGCCCAGGGGGCUACUGCUUUGAUGGGAGCUGCCCCACACUGACACAGCAGUGCCAGAAUCUGUGGGGGCCAGGUGCCCGGGCUGCGUCAGACUCCUGCUUUACCUUUACCAUCCCUUGGGGCUGCAAUGGCAGAAUACUCCCUGGCAGGAUCAACCGAUGUGGGGUGCUGUACUGUGAGGGAGGCCAGAAGCCGCUUGAACGUUCCUCCUGCACUUUCUCCUCCCAGUAUGGAAUUUGCCAUGCUCUCCAAACAGAGAGCAACACUGGCAUCUAUGAGCCAGUACUCCCAGGCACCAAGUGCGAGGAGGGGAAGGUUUGCAUGAACGGACACUGCCAGGGCCUCCGUGUAUAUAGAUCUGAGAGCUGCUCUGCAAAGUGUAACGACCACGGGGUAUGCAACCAUAAGGGGGAGUGCCACUGCCAUGCGGGCUGGGCCCCACCCUACUGUGCAGAGCGGCUGGCAGAAGUACCAGAAAAACAAACAGCAUCUAGGAGCCUCAUAGUCAGUGUAAUCAUGGUCGUGGUGAUCCUAGUGGUUGCAGUGGUCAUCCUGACAAGUCUCAUCUACCGAAAGGCUCCAAGACAAGUCCAGAGGAGGUGUGUGGCACCCAAACCUACCAUAGGGCUCUCGAACCCUCUUUUCUACACGGGGGACAGCAGCCUGCCAGAUAAGAGCAGGCCUCCAGGCCCUCCAGAGAUGGCCUCUACCAACCAGCCCUCAAGACCCACAGUGACACCAAAGAGGCCUCCCCCUGCACCUCCAGGUGCCAUGUCCAGUCCAGCACUCCCAGUUCCAGUUUACGCCCAAAAGCUUGGACCUGUUCCACCCACUAAGCCCCUCCCGAAACCCAAGCAGGUCAAGCCAACCUUUGCACCCCCAACACCACCAGUCAAGCCUGGGACUGGAGUGACUCAGGGAGCUGGUGCGCCAAAGGUUCCUCUGAAGGUCCCCAUUCAGAAGAGGUGAAUGCUUCGGCACCCCAGGGCCAUCAUAGGCUUGUGGAAGUUUGGAGAUACCAGCGCUCCUGCGGACAUGUUUCUUCAGCAACAGCUCCCACUCAAGCUGGACCUGCACACACCAUUUCUACCUCAGGAAUAAUCUCUCUGUGGCUCUUGCUGUCCAGCCGCCCUCCUGAACCCGUGUCCACUGACUGGCCUUGGCCAGCUUAGGCCAUGUCUAUAGUUGCUAUGCUGGGACAGCAUCACCUGCAGUGAGCAUGCUUGUCUUCCGGUGUUGGCAGGAAGCCAAGAGUCCCCUCCCAGCAACCUCUGCACCCGCCCUCACGCAGUGAUUCCCCGCCCCCCCGCCCUCCCAAA